AUGGAUUUACGUAACGUUUCAAAACUGUCUCUGUCUCCAUCAGCAGAAAUGACAACUAACGAGAUCACAUUGUCCGUGCCGGACUGGUCUCUUCUCCCUGUAGAACUACUCCACAUUAUCUCUAAGAAGCUGGAGGACUGUUUCAAUGUUGUUCAUGCUCGCUCUGUUUGCACCUCGUGGCGUUCCAUCUUUCUCUUUCCUUCCCACCUAUCACGCCAAAGUUACUCUCUUCCCACGCUCGAUAACAAAGGCUCGUGGAGCCUCGAGAAGAUCCCUUUGUUCCUCUUUAGAAACAGGACUCUUGCUGCUGAGUAUUUCGUGGGAGGUAUAGGGCGAAAUGAGCCAGAGGAGGACCUUCCAUCUCCAAACCAAUGCUCAGUGAAAGUGGAGAUUCCAGGAUCUGAUCCACGGUUGAUGAACAUCCUCGACUGCCAGAUCCUCCCUCUUCGCCAUCAGUACCGAAUGAUUGGUUGCAAUGCUAAAGGAUACAGAGGCGUGGCUGUCCUUCCACUAAACAAGGAGGGAGGAGGAGAUUUUGUUGUUCUACUCAACUGCACUAGUGGUUUGAUGGUGCUAAGAAAUAAUGAAAUGAGGUGGAGGCGGUUCCAGACACUCUCAAUGCAUCCGUGCGACGAUUUAGUCACUUUUAGGGGCAGAUUCUACGCACUCUUUGUUGACGGAGACGUUUUUGGUUUCGAUCCUCAUUUCCUGGAACUGUAUCCUCUGGUACGCUUGAAGCUUGAUCGGAAAUGUGGUUGGUCCACCUCUCUGGUUCCAUCUGGUGACGAUGAGCUUUUCCUGGUUGAGCUGUUCUCCACUCGUCGUAAUGGUGAUGUGUUAGACUUGAUGAGUCGGGUAACAUUGAGAGUGUGUAGGCUGGAUGUUGAUGCUGGUCAAUGGGUCAUGGUCAAAGAUGUAGGAGACCGUGUGUUGGUUAUUGGAGACUUGGGAAAUGUCUCGUUCUCGGCUAAAGAGCUUCCUGAUGGUUGUGGUGUGAGUGGGAACUCAGUUGUGUUUACUUAUGGUCCAAGCAAUGUAACAUGCUCCUACAGAUAUGACGACGACCUCAACUGUUGGAGGUAUAAAAGAGAGGAUCUGGUGACUAUCCUCGGCAGGUCUCCGGCAGUGGCUCUCCGGGUUGAACGAUCUUCAGCAGAUGCAUAUAGCCACCGUUCUUCAUGGCCACACACCCGUAGGAGUGUGAACUUCAGAAUGUGA